AUGACGGCCCUCCGAAUCCAACCACAAAAAUACCGACCCAUCAUCCAGCAAAUCAAGAAGAUUUCCGCACCAGGGAAAUGCAAUUUUAACACCCGCGGCGCAAACACUAUAUUAGCUAGGAAUAUUGAUACAGAUGCGGGGAGAGCAGUUUGCGUAGGGAUACCACUUAUCCAGAGGAUAUCGACGCGAAACACAGCAUGGAAUAUACGUGCCAGCAGACCAGAAAGGAGAAGAUACGCGACAGCAACACCUGCUGAUGCGAUUAUCGAAGAUUUAACCGAGCAGUAUUCUGUUGCGAGGGAUGAAUUUGAGAUAGCCAGCGAAGAAACAAGCAAAAAUUCCGUCUACGCAGCCGAUGAUCGCGCAGCCGCAGCAGAAGAACUCCAAAAGUUGAAGGAAAUGUAUGGGACGGCUAUUGCGGGGGAAUAUGGCGAGGAGAUUCAACGGAGAGUGGGUCAACGGGUGAGGGAAUUAGAACAGGGGGUUUUGGCUAUGGAGGAGAGGGCGAGGGAGGAUCAUUAG